AUGGCAGACAAUUCCCGGGGCGUAAAGCCAGAGGCAGUGGACACUGCGCUCGGCGACAUGAAAUUGGAAGAAGAGGGUUCGCCCAUGGGGAAUGGAUUUACGAAUGGGACAUACGAGAAAGCUCCUACACCUGGCUACAGCAGAAAAUCUCGGUCCUCCACACCUCCUAUGGCAAACUCAAGGUCGCAAUCACCAGUCACGAAACAAAGCGCAUCACAAUCGCCCGAAUCCGGGGACGGUCAAGAAAUAAUUGGGAGUGAGAUCACAGUUGUGGUAGAGGAUGGGAAACCUCCAAAAUUGUCACGAAAAGCAUCGCAGAAGAUAAUUUCACGACCAGCCCCAUUAUUCAAUGACCUGCCAGAUGCUACAGAAGAGGCAACCUCGCAAUUCUCAGUUAUUAAAGAUUGCGAGUAUGGAUCCAAAAAUAUGGGCCUCUCCGAGCAUGAUUCCUUGGACUGCGAUUGCUCUCCCGAGUACGGCGAUGGCAAAAAUCAUGCAUGCGCAGAAGAUUCGGACUGUAUCAACCGUGCGACUAAAAUGGAAUGCGUCGACAAUAAUUGCAAUUGCGGUAAUGAUUGCCAGAAUCAGCGGUUCCAACGCAAACAAUAUGCCAAUGUCUCCGUCAUUAAGACAGAGCAAAAAGGCUAUGGUUUGCGAGCAAAUACUGACCUGAAGGCUCAUGAUUUUAUCUUCGAAUACAUCGGCGAAGUGAUUAAUUCGGCGGUAUUCAAUAAAAGGAGAUACCAGUAUGAUGACGAAGGUAUCAAACAUUUCUAUUUCAUGUCCCUCACGAUACGCGAAUUUGUCGAUGCGACGAAAAAGGGCAAUCUGGGGCGAUUCUGCAACCAUUCCUGUAAUCCAAACUGUUACGUGGACAAAUGGGUCGUCGGGGAGAAAUUGCGCAUGGGCAUUUUUGCCGAGCGGGACAUCAAAGCCGGCGAGGAGUUGGUUUUCAACUACAAUGUCGACCGUUACGGUGCCGACCCCCAAGUCUGCUAUUGCGGCGAGCCAAACUGCGUUGGAUUUAUUGGAGGCAAGACCCAGACUGAGCGCGCGACCAAAUUGCACCAUACAACAAUUGAAGCUCUGGGCAUUGAUGAUGGCGAUGGGUGGGAUACGGCGGUCGCUAAGAAACCCCGGAAGAAGAAGACGGGUGAAAACGACGAAGAAUAUGUCAGCAGCGUCCAACCCAGGGGUUUGGAUGAAGAGGGCGUGACAAAUAUCAUGGCAACUCUCCUCACAUGUCAAGAGAAAUGGAUCGUGGUAAAGUUGUUGAGUCGCAUUCAACGAUGCGAAGAUGACAGUAUCCGCAAUAAAGUCGUGCAGACGCACGGCUACGAUAUUAUGCGGACGAGCUUAACGACUUGGAAGGACGACAACAAUGUUGUUCUUCAAAUUCUCGAUAUUCUAUACAAGUUCCCUCGGAUCACUCGUAACAAGAUCACUAAAGCUAAGAUCGAGGGUACCGUUCAGACGUUCACGACCUCCGAGCACGAGGAUGUUGCGUUCGAAGCUAAGAGGCUCAUCGAAGUAUGGAGUCAACUCAAGGAAGAGUAUCGGAUCACCAAGAAGAAGGUAGACCCGAAUACCGCCAGAAUCUUCGAGCGUCGAAACAAUGAGAGAGUCGAGGAAGUUUCCAAAUCGCCAGCCACCCCAGCUAUUACUCUACCAACAGGACCACGAAGUAAUGUCCCACAGCGCACUUUCAUUCCGCAACGGCCGCCAAUCCGAAGGCCUUUCGGUGCAUUACCUACAGGCUGGUUUGCCGCCAUGGACGCGAGUGGUAAUCCGUAUUACUACAGCAAAAGCGGUCACACGACCUGGCAACGACCUAAUUUGCCGGCUCCCCAACCGCCACCGCCCCCAAAAAUUCAAGAAAGCGUGCAGAAACAAAAGAAGUUGCAAGAUAUCAUUAAUGGUAUCAUCUCAGAACCAGCUUCCAGUAGCACACCACAGAGCAUGCCGACAGUUGAAUCCACGCCCAAGGAGAAGAAGAAGCCAGUCGAGAAAUGGCGAUCGUUACCCGUGGAAAAACAGAUGAAGCUGUACGAGAAUACCCUCUUUCCUCACAUAAGGCACGUGAUGCAAAAAUUCUCGAAACUGCUUCCCAAGGACGACCUCAAAAAGUUCGCCAAAGAGAUCGGCAAGAAACUCGUAGCUUCCGACUUCAAGAACAACCGUGUCGAUGAUCCUACCAAGAUCUCGGAAAAGCAGGAGAAAAAGGUCAAGAAAUACGUUCGGGAUUUCUUCGAGAAAGCUGUUCAGAAGAGGAAGGCGAUAGAUAAGAAGAAGCGGGAAAAACUCGCCAACGGCUCUUCCUCGCAUGCUUCUUCAUCUUUUACGAAUGGUAAGCCGGAAGCUGCUCCUUCACCAGAGCCAGAGGUGGAGGAUGAAGUCGAGUUCUCGGAUCAUGGAACUCCUACACCGAUUCCAGACUCGCCUUCAAUACCACCUGCUACGCCAGUCACAGGCUCGUCUUCAGAUCUGAAACGGAAAAGAGACGAGGAUGAUGAGGAGGUGUUACCAGAUGAGACUGAGGAUAGCGAAUCGAAGCGGCUCAAAGAAAGCCCCAACGACGACGCUGAUGCUCCUCCGCCUCCUCCGCCGCCACCUCCGCCUGCUGGUGGUUUGCCCGGCACAUUCGAAGGCGCAGAGGGUGAACUUCUCGAAGGCGAUCCCAUAAGCAUUAUUUAUGGGCCUCCACCACCGCAAGAUCAGCCCAUACAUGUCGGGUUAGAAGAAGAGCGUGAUCUCCGCCAGCAGGAAGCAGAUCCAAUGCGCGAGAACGAAGAUGCGGUUCUGAUGAAUAUGGAUGGGGCUGGGGCUGGGGCACUGGGGGAAGUCAAUGGCAAUGGGAUCAAGGACGUUGAAAUGGCAGGCACAGAAAAGGUUACGGAUCUAGCCGUGCGGCAACAGGAACAGGAACGGGAACAAGAGUCGGUGCAAUGA